AUGCUCCUUCUGUCUUCUUUUAUCUUGCUUUCUUUCUUUCUUUCAUUCAUUCAUUUUAUUCUUCUGUUCUAUUGUUUUGCUACUAAACUUCUUCAAGUUUUCUUAUUUUCUACCUUUUUUUAUACUUCACCUUAUUUUUCCUUCCUUCUCAUUUUCACUUUGUAUUUAAGCCUUUUCCCUUCGCCGCCAUCUUUUCCUCUUUCAAUUCUUCCCCGCUUUUUCAUUUCUUUCAUUCAUUUUCUUUCUUACUUUCCCAGUCCGCCUCCUAUCUUUUUCUAUAGCAUCUUCUUUUUUUUUUAUUCUUUUUUUUCCAACUUUUCUCCUUUCUAUCCAUUUUCUUUUUUACCGCCAUCUCUUCUCUUUAUUCGCCAUCUUUAUCUCUUUCCAUUCUUUCCCGCACUUUUUUCUUCUUUCUUAUACACCUUUUCACGUUUCUUUUAUUCAUUUUAUUCCUUUCUCUUUUCUUCUCUUUUACUUACUCACACCCACAAAAUCACACCCUCUCUAACAAGAUUUCUCUACUUAAUUUUUCUCUCGAUCUAUUGUUUUUCCGUUGCUCUCUUUCUGUUCCUCUCAUUUUUUUUUCUUUCCAUUCUUUCCCGCGCUUUUUACCUCUUAUCACGUUCCUUUUAUUCAUUUCUAUUCUUUUCUCGUUCUCUUUUUUAUGAUUUUUUUUCUCAAUACUCUUCUCUUACUUACUUACUUACACAAACAUGCACACAUUCUCUUCCAAGACCUUUCCACUUAUUUUUUUUUCUCUCUCUUUAUCUAUUGUGUAUUUCCGUCUGUCUGUUUCCCGCGUCCCGACCUUGUUUUCCAAUCUUCCUAAUACUCUUCCGCAGAUAUGCUGGAAUGAUUAUGUGUCAGGAACAGCAAGAAGCUACGACCCUUAUCCUCAGUAACUAUUCUCGGUCGUCUUGUAAUCCUGCGACUGGUAUGCAGUCCCAUAUGACACCCCACAGUACCAACGGAGCUUCCACAGGUCUCAUCUCACCAGGGGUAUCUGUCCCUAUCCAGGUACCCGGCGGAGGUCCCCAGGACAUGAGUACUCACCAUAUGAGUUCUAUGGCUUCACAAUACUGGCCCCGCCUUCAGUGA